AUGGAGGACAGCUUCUCGGUCCUGGAGCAUUCCGUGCUCAAUCCCGCGAACACCGUGUUCAGUUUUCUGACGAUCAUGUGCGUCGCCAACAUGUUUAUCAUCGGCAGGACCAGGACCAUCAAGGACCGGCUCGGGAAUGCGAACUUGAAGUUCAUGGGCGCGCGGGUUCUUCUCCUCGUCAUCGCGAUCCAGGAGCAGGCGGCGCAGGUCCUCACCUCGAACUCCGAGCUGCACAACAAGGUGGUCGCGAAGGCGAAGGACCACGGCCUGGACGUCUCGGCCUUCGAGCUCACCGAGCUGCAGGCGGACCUGCUGCACCUCUCCCUCCUGAACUUUGAGUGCUUGCUCGUCGUGGUCUUCAACGCGUUCGCCUGGAGGGACCUCGACCUGGAGAAGACUGGCGUUGCGGACUACGGUUACUCGAACCUCUGCGCCGACGAGGAGGCGCCCUGCGAGGCGGGAGAGCCUGCGGCCGGGAGCGGGUUCGCCCAGAAGGUGGCCUUCGCGUUCCGCGCGCGGCAGGGCGCGCCGCUGCUGCUCGGCACCGAGUCGCCCUCGGGCCAGCGCUGA